GAGACGUCGCGAUCCUAUUUUUCCUCCGUCGUUCCUCUCGUUUCCCCAGUGUCUGAAAGACUAUACAGGCUCGUACGCGAAUUACGCGUGUGUCUCCUCGAGCGUUCAGUGCCAGUGCUCGUCGCCACGCACCUGUCGAGAUCCUUUUUUUGGGGGAGUGGAGGACCAGGGCUGUCUCACGACCGUUUCUUCGCCAUGAAUGAUCGCUGAAAGUGGCAGAUAAUCAAGGCAAAGUAAAAGAACCAUCGCGCAAAAUGUCGAGAAUAUUGGAGGGAGUGGAUGAACGCCCCAUGGACCCGGGGCUCAAACUCGGCACCACUUGAAUGCGAAAGAAAAAGUACAAAUGAGCAGGACGCGGGAUGGGCAAAUCUUGGCUCUUGGUCCUGUUUCCUGCGACGAUGACGACAAUGACAAUGAUGGCGUACUUCACCGUAACGACGGCCACUCCAACCUCGGCGUCGUCCCUCUCGACAACCACCAACAACGACGUUGUCGAUACGAAAAAGUUGGAUAUCGAGGAAGCGUUGGAUGUGAUAGAAGCGGCGUCGACCGGAUCAUUGGGGGAAUACUGUGCCGCGACUGCUGGAUUUAAGUCUUUGCCAGCUGCUGCAGCCCUUGAUCCACGACGUUACGACACUGCACGCCAGAAAGCCGACAUGACUGCUCUGACGCUCCAAAAUUCUGGCACUAUCGGACCAUCGAGGCACAACGUGUUUUUAGAUGCUUUGGCGAAGUCUCUGCUGAUGUCGGUGAACGACGCCGUGGAGACGAGGGUGAUCGCGCUGAACAUGUCCACGGGGACUGUGAUCAACGCGGUUCGGUUGGAAAGGAGCCCAGGUAGCGUCGGUGAACCCUCAAAGGUCGAGAGCCACGAGCUCCAGCCAGGAUCUACACCUGAUCCAACUUUACCGUGGUUCGAGAAUGCGGGUGCCACCACGGGGUUAAGGUCACCGAAAUUCAUGCAGUCACCGGCGAUUGAAUCCUACAGGGGUUGGUGGACCAUCCCGUAUUUCUCUUGCAAAAGUCAUCGCUGGUUGAUCUCCUACAGCGUUAAUAUACUACCACUGGACUCACGACACGGGGUUCGAGAAUUUUUAAGCGUGGACAUCGACAUUAGCGGAUUAGAAGUGAACCAGUGCGACGUAUCGUCGCAAGAUACCGACAAUGAAGCGCUAAACAAUCAAAUAGCAUCUUUUAAAGGGACGCACAAGUGUCAUAAUGACACUACACAGUGCGAAUAUCAAAGUCCAUAUAAUGUCGGUGUCGGUGGUAGAUGGGCAAAGGGUGCAUAUGUAUGUAAAUGUCGAAAGGGCUAUUACAGCACGAGUCAACAUCGAUCUGGUUUUGAUGGGAUUCUCGUUGAAGCCGCCUGGAAAGAAAUGCAAGAAAACGUAAGCGAUUCUUACGCAAAGGUGUUUCAUUGCUUGCGUUGCGCACCCGGCUGCGCUAAGUGCAAAGGACCCGAGCCUUGCUUGGCCACGUACAACUGGCCGUUUAGAAUCACCCUUCUAUCGUUUUCUAUUUUCUGUGUGUUCGGUACCAUCAUCCUCGUGGCCUAUAUGUAUAAACACCGCAAGCUCAAAGUGUUCAAGGUUGCUUCGCCGAUAUUCCUGUCCAUCACACUUUUAGGUUGUGCAAUUAUGUACCUCGAGAUGGCCGCCAUAUUUCCCGUAUUGGACAUGUACUCCUGCAUCGCCACGAAAUGGACGAGACACCUCGGUUUCUGCAUCUCUUACACGGCGUUGUUGAUGAAAACGUGGCGAGUUUCCCUCACGUACCGUGUGAAAAGCGCGCACAAGGUCAAACUCACGGACAAACAGCUGCUGCAAUGGAUGGUCCCGAUAUUAUUAGUGAUGUUAAUAUACCUUGGCACGUGGACGUUAAGUGCGCCGCCAUCCGCCGAGGUGAUAGCCGACAACUAUGGUCUCAAGUUUUAUCAAUGUUCGUUCAAUUGGUGGGACCAUAGUUUAGCAAUCGGAGAGAUUAUGUUCCUUGCGUGGGGCAUCAAAGUGUGUUACAACGUCCGCAACGCAGAGAGUCUCUUCAACGAGGCCCGUUUAAUAAGCUAUGCAAUUUACAACAUAGCUGCUGUGAAUAUAACCAUGAUAGCCAUUCACCUUUUCAUUUUCCCUCACGCUGGGCCAGAUAUCAAGUAUUUACUGGGCUUCCUGCGCACGCAACUUUCCACUUCCGUAACUGUGUUUCUCGUGUUCGGGCCCAAGGUAAUUCGAGUUUUACGAGGCCAUGGAGAUCAAUGGGAUAGUCGUGCUAGGGCUCGUGGCAUUACAGCGAGCUUCUCGUUAAAUGGAACAGGUCUGGUACCAGAGGAAACCACAGACUUGAUUCAAGAAAAUGAAGAACUUAAGGAGGAAAUCCAGAAGCUAGCGGCGCAGAUCGAAUUCAUGAAAAUCGUUCACAUGGAGAUGUACAAUCGUCACAUAAAACCGAAAGCUGGCGGGUACUUUAGUACUCACGGCCACGGUCACGUCCAUCCGUCCUCGGCGCAGAGUCCCAUUGCCAAGAGUUCAACGGCCAGUUUUAUAUUGAAACAGACAGCCGUGGAGCGAGGAGCGAGCGCGGCCGCGGCUGCCGCGGUCGAGGAUUCGACUUUUCCUUCCGGGAGCUUGCACAGGGCACGCAGGAUGGAGAUCCUGAAGGAACGGAAAGCAGAGAGGGAGAGGGAACGAGAACGUGAAAGGGAGAAGGAAAGGGACAGGGAAAAGGAAAAGGAAAAAGAAAAGGAGAAGGAGAAGGAAAGAGAAAAGGAAAAGGACAAGGAAAAGGAAAAGCAGAAGGGGAAGGAACAAGAGAAGGAAAAGGAGCAGCAACAGAUUGAAAAGGUGGAAGAGUCGAAGCAGGAAAAGCAGGAAAAGCAGGAGGAAAAGGAAAAGGAGAAGGAAGUGGAGAAGCUAGAGAAAACGCAACAAAAAAAUGCAGAACCAAGCGGAGAAAACGUCUGACUAGUACUACAUAGCAAAGAGAAUCUUGGGUCUUUAAAGUGAUUCUUUUCCUACUACUGAUUACUGGAUAUGGUUGUGACGAAUGCAGCGCGGUAAGAAGAAUGGAAGAAACCAGGGGUGUGCAAAUCGUGCGAAUAAAAAACAUAAAAGGAGAAGUAAAAUUAAAUUUACUUUCGUAAACGUUAUACCGAGAUGUCCAUUACGAAGAAACGACAAGGAUCGUACAUACUAGCUAUCGCAGUUAUUAUCCUGGUGAUUCGCGUCGAGGAAAUCGUAAAUUAGACGUUAUUUCUAACUCCUACUAGAGGCAGCUUAUAGUUCGUUGUUUUGCAAAAUCAAUUAUUUUGGUACGUUAUUUUUUAACGAACAAUUAACUGACAGAGGAGAAGGAAUUCUUAAAUAUAAUUAUGGCGUCCGGUACGUUCCAAUGAAUGCUUUAACGAUACGUGCCAUUUUUUUAAUUAAUUACGACAAACAAGAACGGAGAAAACCAAAGGUUGUAAUAGUAACUGUUAUUUUACAGUCCGGUUAAUGUAUUGCUUUUCGUCGUUAAAGGCACAAGUUGAGUGUUCGUUUCUUUCGUAAAAAGACGUCUAGAUAAAUGUUUCUAAAUCCAUUUGUUACGAAAUUUCUAUCGUUAACGCGCGGAGCUUUUUGACACAAUUGUAAAUAAAUAUUUGUCGGUGCUGUACACGGUAACAUUCGAAUAAUGUAAAACUCCGAAGGUGAUGGAGCUUUUCUCGCUCUAUGUCCCGUUACGAUAUGAGUCAGUGUAGCUUAAUCAUUUUUUAUGUUACAGAACAUAGUCUCCGGAAGUAUAUAAUUCGUACAAAGAAACGUAUGGAAUACUUUAAAAAAUAAUUCACGAGUCUUAUAGUUUUCCAAGGU